UUGGUGAAUAAACAAGUUCACCCGACUUGUACGAUGAAGAUCAAUCACACCAACAGCGAUUCAUGCUUGAAUCGUUACAUUUACAUCCAUGACGGUCUUCCUGCAAGGUUCAACUAUGACUUCCUCAACAAUUGUGAGUCUCUUAGCCCAAGAGCUAGUAGUAGCAACAAACCGAGUAUGUGUCCACAGCUUGUAAAUUUGGGGCUUGGUCCGGAUGUUAGCAAAUCGGAAGGAGUUUUGUCCGACAAAAGUUGGUAUCAAACAAAUCCCCACUUGUUAGAAGUCAUAUUUCACAACAGGAUGAAGAAGCACGAGUGUUUGACAAGCAACUCCAAUCUUGCUUCAGCCAUUUAUGUGCCAUUCUAUCCUAGCAUGGGCGUUGGUGUCCAUCUGUGGGAUUCUAACGUCGAAAUCAGAGACGCUUCAGCCAAGGAUUUUGUCAAAUGGAUUUCGAGACAACCCGAAUGGAGGAAAAUGUGGGGGAGAGACCAUUUCUUUGCUUAUGGGAGGACUGCUUGGGAUUUCAGAAGGCAAGAGGAUGAUAGUUCUGAUUGGGGAAGUAAACUCAGGUUCUUGCCCGAGUCCCUGAACAUGACUAUAUUAAUAGAAGGAAGCGAAUGGAAAAACGACAUCGCAAUUCCGUACCCGACAAACUUUCAUCCUACAGAGGACAGUGAGGUGGUUGCAUGGCAAAACAAGGUGAGGAAACAGGAAAGGCCUUAUUUGUUUACUUUCGCAGGUGCACCGAGGCCUAACUUGGAAGGUUCUAUCCAGGGAAAACUUAUCGAACAUUGCCAAGCUUCAAAUAACUGCAAUUUUUUACACUGCACUGAAAAGAUUUGUGGCAACCCGAUUACAGUUAUGAGGGCGUUUCAGAGCUCAGUUUACUGCUUGCAGCCAGUCGGGGACUCAUUCACUAGGAGAUCAGCUUUCGACGCGUUUCUGGCUGGUUGCAUUCCAGUUUUCUUUCAUCCAGCUACCGCGUACGCUCAAUAUUUAUGGUACUUACCAAAGGAUCAUACCAAGUAUUCGGUGUUUAUUCCCGCGAAGGAUGGAAAUGAUUUGAAAGAAGGCAGAAUUGAGAAUAUCUUGCUUGGAAUUUCGAAGGAAAAGGGGGCGGCCAUGCGAGAGGAGGUCAUAAGGCUAAUACCAAAGCUGGUAUAUGCAGAUCCCAGGGGAAGAUUAAAGACUCCCGAUGCAUUUGAUAUAGCUGUGCAAGGAAUGCUUGACAGAAUAGAGAAUGUUAGAAAGGUGAUGAAUGAGGGAAGGGAUCCAAGUGCUGACUUUGCAGGUCUUGAGAAUGAUAAGUUCAAAUUUCCUGACAGUACAGACUAA